AGGAAAAAACCAAACAUUUUUAAAUAAGGAAUUCCAACUUCCAAAGAGAGGUUGCUUUACUCAAUACUCUACUUUGGUAGAUCUAGAGCUCGGCUGUCGGUAGUGUGAGACUGUGAGAGUACUACUGUACUGAGACUGCUUCAAACACCCAUGGCUGUUGUCUCUCCUUCAAUAGCCCCACUCCUCUUCUUCGCCAGAGUCUCAGGGCUUGCGGUAGCAGUGCUGGUCAUUUUCUGGGCUCUUGCCUUCAAAUCCAGCUUCCCUCCUCACUCAUCCUCCCAACAAUACCUCAUCUUUGCAGCUCUUCAUCCUUUAUUCAUGGUGAUUGGUUUUAUUCUCGUCAGUGGAGAAGCGAUUCUGGUGCAUAGAUGGUUGCCUGGUUCCAGGAACUCCAAGAAAUCUGUGCAUUUGUGUCUUCAAGGAGUGGCUUUGGCUUCUGGGGUUUUUGGGAUUUGGACAAAGUUUCAGGGGGACGAUGGGAUCGUGGCUAAUUUCUUUAGUCUGCAUUCUUGGAUGGGUUUGAUCUGUGUCUCCCUCUUUGGAGCUCAGUGGUUGAUAGGUUUCAUGAGCUUUUGGCACAGAGGAGAGGCGCGCGCAGCAAGGGUAAGGGUCCUGCCUUGGCACGUUUUCCUGGGCCUCUACACUUAUGGUUUGGCCGUGGCCACAGCGGAGACUGGGCUGCUAGAGAAGUUGACAUUCUUGCAGACCAAGAGAAACGUGCCCAGACACUGUCCAGAGUCCAUGGUUGUGAAUGGCCUAGGACUCGGACUCGCCCUUCUUAGCGGCAUUGUAAUUCUGGCUGCCGUUUCACCCAGGCACCAAACCCUUCCAAAUAAACUCAUGUACUCAGAUGCCAAGUGCUUGUCGUCUUAAAUCUUAAUAAUAUCAUUCAAAAUUUCAAAUUCAAAUAGUGGAUA